AUGACUGUUAACAACAAAGAAGCAUCUCUCGCGGUAAUCAAUUACGAUGCCUUGGCCAACAAAGAUCCCAAAGAGAUCCAGAAGCUCGUUCAGGCGUGUGGAUCUGUGGGCAUGUUUUACCUUGACCUCCAGAAUUCUAGUAUGAAGGACGUCUACGAGGGCAUACCGAAACUCCUCGAGGCUGGAAAUGCCUUUUUUAACCUGCCCUCUGAUUCUGAAGAAAAGAAGCAAAGUCUUCGCGAGGGAAUGGAGCGAGGGUAUCACGCAGCCAAAACAUUCGAAUACUACGAGAUAGCCCGAGAUGAGUAUCAGCAGGGUCUGUGGGCGCUACCCGCUAGCCUCAAAGCCCACGAAGCAUCCAUCACCAGCACCCUCCACUCUCUGAACCGUGCGAUUCAGACCGUGCUGGCUGAGCUCUGUAAAGCCGUUCAGGUGGAGCUUGCCGAGCUCAGUGACGAUCCAACUAUUGCUAGCGACACGGCCCUCAAGCUUGUGUACAAGCCUCCCGUGCAGGAACCUGGUGCCAUUGUCCAGCCGUGGCACACAGACUUUGGCCUGAUGACGAUGAUGUGGUACCAAGAGGUGACUGCGCAGAUUGCAGUCUACGACUCGGAGGGAAAUCGUACCGAGGACUGGCAAGCAGUGCCCGUUGUCGAGGGCGCACUGCUUGUCAAUAUUGCAGAUGAGCUCGAGAGCAAAUCUCGUGGUCGCCUACGCUCGACUGUGCAUCGUGCGGUGACGCCGCCUGGACCUAAAAGAGUGAGGAACGGAUUGGUUUACCUUUUUCGUCCGUAUAAGAUUUAG